UUGCGCGCGCGUGCGUAUUGCGGACAGCGGGCGGCAUGUCUGCGCUACGCUGGACCCGGGGCGCCGCAGGGCUCGGCCGGGCGUUGAGCUCUUCUGGGCGCCGCCGCCCGACCUCGGAGGAAGGGACCCUCAGUGGCCUCUGCAGCUCCAGACGGAGCUCUGCCGCCAGUCCCCGUGAGCAAGAUGCCCAGAAGGAGUGGGGCCAUGCUGAGCUGCUGGAGGUGCUGGAGGCUCGGGUGCAGCAGCUGCAGGCGGAGAGCAUGUCCCAGGUGAUGGUGAAGAAGGGGCCAAUGGACCGGUCCCUGAAGGGCCGCAGCGGCCGCUGGGCCCAAAAGCUGGAGGCCGAGAAACAGGUGAAGCAGAAGCGCCAGGAGAGAUUUCUUGACCAACAGAAGCAAAGCCACACACUGCUCACGGAGCCCCGGAUCUGGAGCAAGAAGCUGGCCAGCUGCCUGCAGCAGAGCAAGAAGGGGGCACCCAAGAGCUCAGAGGAGGAGGAGCAGCAGCUGACCUGGGCCCUGCAGGCUGCCAUGCUGAAGCUGAGUUCCUGCACCCCAGGCAGGACGCAGGCCAAGGUGGUGGAGGCAAACUUGUUGCUGCUCCAGCAGAAAUUUCUGACUUUCUUUGAGUGCUGCGCCUGCACUGACAACAUGCCCCUUGCCCACCACGUGCUGGUCACUCAGCACAGCAAGUGUGACAGGCAGCAGCUGCUUACGCUGGACAUGUAUAACACCGUAUUGCUCGGCUGGGCCCGAAAGGGCUCCUUCAAGGAGAUGGUAUACGUGUUCAUCAUGCUGAAGGAUGCUGGCCUUUCCCCCGACCUGUGGUCCUAUGCUGCCGCACUCCAGUGCAUGGGACGCAGGGACCAGGAUGUCCACACCAUCCAGAAGUGUCUGAAGCAGAUGAAGGAAAAUGGCUUUCAGCCUCAGCAGCUCUUCACUGACCUGGCCCUGGCAGGAGAGGAGCAGGCCGCGCUGCUGAGAGCAGUAGUCAAGGCUGAGCCUGCCUUCAGUCCACCACCACAGGCACCAAGUCCAGUCAACACGUCCACACUGCUCAGGGAGAUCUAUGCCAAGAAUGGUCCCAAGUCCUACCCGAAAUUGCACCUGCCCCUGGAGACCCUGCAGGACCUUUUUUCCCAGCAGCUCCGUGUGGAGCUGAGUGCCAACGUCAGUGUCCAGUCGGUGGAGAAGGCCCCAGAAAUGACCAAGGAGGUCAUUGAGGCGCGGAAGACACUGAAGACGCUGCAAGGGCAGUGGGAAGUGGAGCUGCUACGAGUCCUGCAGCAGACCAAGGCCACCAUGGCCUGCCAGGCACAGGAAGGCCAGCCCACCCUCUACCCGUUCCUGUGCCUGCUCAGUGAAGGAGAGUUUGUCAACAUGCUGCUGCAGGUUCUGCGGGUUCUGCCGUCACAGGGCGAGCCCCUACUCCACCUGGCUCAUGACCUGGGCCUUCGGGUCUUAAAUAGGCAUUUGGUGAAGCAGAAGCAGGUUACCAACCACGUGGAGAAGCUGGGACAGCGAUACUCGCAGUACCUCCGGCUGCUGGCUUCCAACACGCAGGUGGAGGCGCCCUUCCUUCCUCGGGAGUACUGGGAGUUGCUGGGCCCACCGGAGACCCCGCCACAGCAGCCCUGGUCCGUGCCGGUGCUGCUGCAGCUGGGAAAGCAGCUGGCCGAGUUGCUGGUGCAGGCCGUGCAGAUGCCACGCAGCCUGGCUGCCCCGCAGGGCUCGUGCCGCCUCAUCCCGGUGCUCUACCACGUGUACUCCUUCCGAAGCUACCGCCAGGUCGGCAUCCUCAAGCCUCACCCUGCCUUCACGCAGCUGCUAGAGAUGGCAGCGGAACCCACACUAACCUUCGAGACCACAGAAGUGCCUAUGCUGUGCCCACCGUUGCCCUGGACGUCACCGCACGCCGGGGCCUACCUUCUGAGCUCUACCAAACUGAUGCGUGCCAUGGAGGGCACCACGCAGCACCAGCAUCUCCUGGAGCGCUGCGCUCCAGCCCAACUGCAUGGUGCCCUGGACGCGCUCACGCAGCUGGGGAACUGCGCCUGGCGUGUCAACAGGCGCCUGCUAGACUUGGUGCUGCAGGUCUUCAGGGACAAGGGCUGUAUGCGCCUGGGUGUUCCUCCUCCACGCUCAGAGGCGCCGCAGCCAGCCCGGCAGCACCUGCCACCCGGCUCCUCACCUGUGCACAAGGCGGAGCUGCGGAAGGAGCUGGCGCGCUGCCUCAAAGCUGCUCGGGAGAUGCACAGCCUGCGCAGCGAAGCCCUGUAUCGGCUGUCGCUGGCACAGCACCUGCGCGACCGUGUCUUCUGGCUGCCACACAACAUGGACUUCCGCGGCCGCACCUACCCCUGCCCACCGCACUUCAACCACCUGGGCAGCGAUUUGGCACGUGCGCUGUUGGAGUUUGCCGAAGGCCGGCCGCUGGGGCUGCAUGGCCUUGACUGGCUCAAAAUCCACCUGGUCAACCUGACUGGCCUCAAGAAGCGUGACUCUCUGAGCAUGCGCCUGACUUUCGCAGACCAGAUUAUGGAGGAGAUCUUGGAUUCUGCAGACAACCCCAUGACGGGCCGGAAAUGGUGGAUGGAAGCUGAUGAGCCCUGGCAGACCCUGGCCUGCUGCAUGGAGAUAGCACAAGCAGUCAGGUCCCCAGACCCCACUGCCUAUAUCUCCCACCUGCCCGUUCACCAGCUCAUGAACACCCCUUGUGGCCAGGAUGGCUCCUGCAAUGGUUUGCAGCAUUACGCUGCACUGGGCCGGGACAGCGCUGGUGCAGCCUCUGUCAACCUAACGCCCUCGGACCUGCCCCAAGAUGUGUACAGGGAGGUGGCAACACAGGUGGAGGAGUUCCGCCAGCAGGACGCCAAGGAGGGCCUGCAGGUGGCCCAGGUGCUGAAGGGCUUCAUCACCCGUAAGGUGGUGAAGCAGACCGUGAUGACCGUGGUGUAUGGGGUUACGCGCUAUGGUGGGCGCCUGCAGAUAGAGAAGCGUCUGCGCGAACUCAGAGACUUCCCCCAGGAGUUUGUCUGGGAAGCUUCACACUACCUCGUGCGCUUGGUCUUCAAAAGCCUACAGGAGAUGUUCUCCAGCACCCGGGCCAUACAGCACUGGCUGACUGAGAGCGCCAACCUCAUCUCUCACGCGGGCUGGCCUGUGGAGUGGGUCACACCCCUGGGUAUCCCCAUCAUACAGCCCUAUCACCGUGAGGCCAAGGUCCAGGUGAAAGGCGGCAUCCAGAGCAUCACCUUUACCAGCUCGAUGAACAUCAGUCAGAAGCCCAACACUCUGAAGCAGAAGAAUGGCUUCCCACCCAACUUCAUCCACUCCCUGGACUCCUCCCACAUGAUGCUGACCGCCCUGCACUGCUACAGGAGGGGCCUGACCUUCGUCUCUGUGCACGACUGCUUCUGGACGCAUGCCGCUGACAUCCCGGUGAUGAACGAGGUAUGUCGCGAGCAGUUUGUGCGCCUACAUAGCCAGCCAAUCCUGGAGGACCUAGCUAAGUUCCUGGAGAAGCGGUUCUGCUCUGCCUACAGGUCCCUGAAGCCAUCGGAACUUGCCCUGGUCACCAAGCUGCAGGAGACACUACGGUCCCUGCCAGAGACAGGUAACUUCGAUCUGGGGCAGGUGAUGAGGUCCACCUACUUCUUCAGCUGACCCACCCCGUACUGUCCCUAGACUUGUGCAUAGUGUAAAUAAAUAUUUGAGUCUGUG